AUCUCUAUUAUAAAAUCAACAAGAACACCAACAACAGCGUCUCAUCUCAUCUCAUCUUUGCUUCAUUUGUGUUUCUGUUUGGAGUUAAGAUAAGAAUGGCUACGUCAGCAAUCCAGCACUCCUCUUUCGCCGGCCAAACGGCCCUGAAGCCCUCCAACGAUCUCCUCCGCAAAGUAGGAGCUUCCAACGGCGGUGGCCGCGUCGUCAUGCGUCGUACCGUCAAGUCUACUCCUCAGAGCAUCUGGUAUGGACCAGACCGUCCCAAGUACUUAGGACCAUUCUCGGAGAACACACCAUCAUACCUAACUGGUGAAUACCCCGGAGACUACGGUUGGGACACAGCUGGUCUCUCCGCUGACCCAGAAACAUUCGCAAAGAACCGUGAGCUCGAAGUAAUCCACAGCAGAUGGGCAAUGCUAGGAGCAUUAGGCUGCACCUUCCCAGAGAUUCUCUCCAAAAACGGAGUCAAGUUCGGUGAAGCCGUGUGGUUCAAGGCAGGUUCUCAGAUCUUCUCAGAAGGAGGGCUUGAUUACCUCGGAAACCCUAACUUGAUCCACGCGCAAAGCAUUUUAGCUAUCUGGGCUUCUCAAGUUGUGUUGAUGGGUUUGAUUGAAGGGUACAGAAUCGGAGGUGGACCUCUUGGUGAAGGUCUUGACCCGCUUUACCCGGGUGGGGCGUUUGACCCGUUGAACUUAGCCGAGGACCCGGAAGCGUUUUCUGAAUUGAAGGUGAAGGAGCUCAAGAACGGUCGUCUUGCAAUGUUCUCCAUGUUUGGAUUCUUUGUCCAAGCUAUUGUAACUGGUAAAGGUCCGAUCGAGAAUCUGUUCGAUCAUGUUGCGGACCCUGUGGCUAACAAUGCCUGGGCUUACGCCACCAACUUCGCUCCCGUAAAAUAGAACUGUAUCAGACAAAUUUGUGUUUUUAUCUUUAAAAUUUAGUGCAUGGGCAUAUUUGGUCUGUUGGUUUACUGUUCUUGGAUUGGUGAAAGAAAUUCUCAAGCCUUCUUUUGUGUCAUUAA